AUGACCACAAACACCGCUGAGUCGCUCAACUCAAUGUUGCUCGACGAAAGAGAGUAUCCAGUGAAGGCCAUUUUCAAUUCAAUUGCACAUAGAUUUGGAAAAAUAUUCAGGAAGUGGUAUGUGGUGAACAAUUCAAGGACACCAUUCGUUCCCAUAGCCGAGAAGAUCUUACGGGAAAAUAUGACCAAGGGUGAUAAAUUAUAUGUGAACAACAUAAACGGAAGCACCGAUGAAUUCACCAUGCUUGGUUAUGGUCCUUCCGCCAAAGUUAAUCUAUCGAGAAGGUCAUGUUCUUACAGUAAGUUCGACUUGGUGAAAUUUCCAUGCGCUCAUGCAAUGAUAGUGUUGCGUUUGAAGCACGGGGACGAUUACGGUACUAGCUUUUACAACUACUCUUCGCCCAUAUAUUCGAAAGAAUCAUACCUCCUUGCAUACUUGAAACCUAUUUUUGCAGUACCUCUGAAGUCAGAGUGGAGUAUGGUGCGGGAGUAUCUAGAAAUGUAA